CUCUUCACCAUGUCCUCUGCCAAUUACAUGUCUCCCUCUUCCUCGACGACGCCAACAUGGCAUCAGUUCGAACGGAAGGUCGAGGAGGUGAAACCAUCCAAAACGUGAGUGAUUUACCCCACCUUUCCGUCGCGCGCCACGAUUGCAUGAUGUACCUUGAAAUCAAGUUGGGAAUCUCUCUGAAAAACAACUGAGGAGAAUAAAUUGACUUGUGUUUCUGAACCCUUCGUUUAACUUUUGCCUUGUCAUCCACAAAUUUGCCAGAUGGACUUCAAAUGCUGACUGUCCUCUUAAAGUGAUAUCAAUUAUCUAGUCAUGGAUUACCUAAUUACCAACGGCUACCCAGCUGCUGCGAAGAAAUUCGCACUAGAGGCCAAUAUCCAACCCAGAGCAGAUAUCGAGUCGAUUCAGGAACGAGUUGACAUUCGUACUGCGAUUCAUUCUGGGAACAUCCAAGUUGCCAUUGAGAAGAUCAAUGAGCUCAACCCACAGAUCCUAGAUGAAAAUGCCCCUUUACAUUUCGCCUUGCUGCGACUGCAGCUGGUGGAGUUGAUUCGCUCAUGCACCUCUUCCCCCGAUGGCGACAUCAGCCCUGCCCUCGAGUUCGCGACCUCGCAACUCGCACCGCGGGCACCCACCAACCCACAGUUCCUUGAGGACCUUGAGAGGACUCUUGCGCUCUUGAUCUUCCCGAUGGAUAGCCUGUCCCCGUCACUUGCCCCUUUACUACACCCCGACCUUCGUAAGGACAUAGCCAACCGCGUCAACGAAGCCAUCCUGCUGAAUCAAGGCGCUCGUAAAGAGGCCCGGCUACGCAACUUGGUCAAAUUGCGCGCGUGGGCCGAACAGAAAGCCCGGGAGGCUAAGAAGGAUAUACCCGAGAAGCUGGACCUCGGACUGGGCGAUAACCCCAACACCCACAACAGUAAUCCCUUGGCCAGUUCGACCAGUGCUAGCCACAAUGGCUCUAACGACACCGUAAUGACCAAUAAUGGGGAUAUCGACCCCAUGAUCUCAUAAAUCCAGGAUUCGAUCUGCGAUCACCUGGUACCUAAUAUUUCCAUUUCACGUAUCACCACACUCGAAUUUCUCUGUUCACCAUUGAGCACGGCGCUUGGGUGCAGGCUACCAGCUGGUGUCAAAUUCAACGGCUCUCUUGUAACAUCUACGGUUCAAUAUGGAGAUACAUUAACGUCUUAUGACUUGACAUUUGGUUUCUGCCGACGGUUUUGUGUGCGGAACGGAUUGAAUUUUAGCAAUCGAAACAGACCCAACUGGUUCUUCAAUUGGCUUAUUCGUAACAAACCCAUGGUUACCUGGUAGUUAACCACGUUGCAGUUGCCUACCCUGCAGCAAUGUCAAGCCAUGGGUUGGGGCACGGAACAAAUCAACAUCAUACCACCAUGAUUGGAAAUGCUAAACAGUCGCUACACUGUCAAUCGUAUAUACUUGACAGCACGGUGAUUUCGUUUAUUCAGAAGCAGUCAAUUGUAGAUUUCUAUUCAGGAAAGC